ACCCAAAAGAGUAAUCCGAGAAGUUGCCUAUACACUUAUACCACUAACACCACAGGUACACUACCUAGGUAUAUUCCAGCGACCCCACUUGGGUCACUUGGAAGGUCACUCUGACCGGUUUGGGGGAGGAACUUCUGCUUGAGACAACGGUUGGGAAGGAGUGAUUAGGACAAACAGAAAGAACGCGCUUGUUUUAUGUAGCUUUCCAGGGGAGGUACUGUCUAAGACGUCUUACGGCAAGGCAGUAGGGGUCUAGUGUACCGAGUAAUAAGAAGGGACGGUAUCGAAUAAUCGGAAGUCACACUCCCUAUUCUUUACUUCUUAAGUCCUGCCGGGUAUCACAAGUUGCAGGAGUAAAACAACGCCCGACUAUCACUUACAUUUUUCUUAUACCCCCGCUAGACGAUAGGAAACUACGACAAUGGCCGCCGCACCCAAGUGGAAGAUAGCCAUCGGAGCCGACGACGCCGGUGUCGGCUACAAGAGCAAGAUCAGGGAGGACUUCGAAAAGGACCCCCGCGUUGAGUCUAUCGUAGACGUCGGCAGUCUCUCAACAGAUGACAAGACAGCAUACCCUCACCGAGCAGCGGCCGCAGCGCAGCUCGUAGCUGAUGGCAAGGUCGACAGGGCCCUGCUCAUCUGCGGUACAGGUCUAGGAGUUGCCAUCUCGGCGAACAAGAUCAAGGGCGUCCGCGCCGUCACAGCCCACGACAGCUUCUCUGUAGAGCGAGCCGUACUAAGCAACAAUGCCCAAGUUCUUUGUAUGGGUGAGAGGGUCAUCGGCCUGGAGCUCGCGCGCAGACUAGCUAAGGAAUGGUUGGGUUAUGUAUUUGACGAGAAGAGCGCGAGCGCCGCCAAGGUAGAAGUUAUCAGCGACCUUGAGAAGUCACUGUAAACUAGAACGCGCUAUUCGUCUAGGGGAAAUAUGCCAUGCGGUAAUUUCUAUUACCUGCUACUGUAAAGGGGGGAUAGAGUAAUCUAACCUAAUACUUAUAUAUAAGUCACUAAAGUGCAGUAGUUGUAUCAAACGCAGACUCGGGUAAAUAAGAUAGUCUGAAGAGACUGUGACUUAUUGGUCCUGAUACCCGAAAGCUUAAAUAGAUAGUUAUAGACGGAACGCUAGCGGUAGACUGCAUCUACCCGAGCCGAAACGCUGUCAAACAAAGUUAAGGGGACCAUAUCCUCGGUGACAUGUUAUUUUCGGAACUUGGGGUUAAUUAAUGCUUUAGCUGUACAACAUAUGAUCUCAUAAGACAGACAGGUACCUAC